AUGGUGUCUUCAGGCCACAAGUUAGAAAGGUGGCUCCUUACAGCCGGCGGUAAAGGUGGCUCCUUACAGCCGGCGGUAAAGGUGGGUCCUUACCAGCCGGCAGUAAAGGCGGGUCCUUACAAGCCGGCGGUAAAGGCGGCCCCUUACCAGCCGGCGGUAAAGGUGGGUCCUUACCAGCCGGCGGUAAAGGCGGCCCCUUACCAGCCGGCGGUAAAGGUGGGUCCUUACCAGCCGGCGGUAAAGGCGGCCCCUUACCAGCCGGCGGUAAAGGCGGCCCCUUACCAGCCGGCGGUAAAGGCGGCCCCUUACCAGCCGGCGGUAAAGGCGGCUCCUUACCAGCCGGCGGUAAAGGUGGCUCCUUACCAGCCGGCGGUAAAGGUGGCUCCUUACCAGCCGGCGGUAAAGGCGGGUCCUUACCAGCCGGCGGUAAAGGCGGGUCCUUACCAGCCGGCGGUAAAGGUGGGUCCUUACCAGCCGGCGGUAAAGGCGGCUCCUUACCAGCCGUCGGUAAAGGUGGCUCCUUACCAGCCGGCGGUAAAGGUGGCUCCUUACCAGCCGGCGGUAAAGGCGGGUCCUUACCAGCCGGCGAUAAAGGCGGGUCCUUACCAGCCGGCGGUAAAGGUGGGUCCUUACCAGCCGGCGGUAAAGGCGGCUCCUUACCAGCCGGCGGUAAAGGCGGCUCCUUACCAGCCGGCGGUAAAGGCGGCUCCUUACCAGCCGGCGGUAAAGGUGGGUCCUUACCAGCCGGCGGUAAAGGCGGCUCCUUACGAGCCGGCAGUGAAGGUGGGUCCUUACAAGCCGGCGGUAAAGGCGGCUCCUUACCAGCCGGCGGUAAAGGCGGCUCCUUACCAGCCGGCGGUAAAGGCGGCUCCUUACCAGCCGGCGGUAAAGGCGGCUCCUUACCAGCCGGCGGUAAAGGCGGCUCCUUACGAGCCGGCGGUAAAGGCGGCUCCUUACGAGCCGGCGGUAAAGGCGGCUCCUUACCAGCCGGCGGUAAAGGCGGGUCCUUACCAGCCGGCGGUAAAGGCGGGUCCUUACCAGCCGGCGGUAAAGGCGGGUCCUUACCAGCCGGCGGUAAAGGUGGGUCCUUACCAGCCGGCGGUAAAGGUGGGUCCUUACCAGCCGGCGGUAAAGGCGGCUCCUUACCAGCCGGCGGUAAAGGUGGGUCCUUACCAGCCGGCGGUAAAGGUGGCCCCUUACCAGCCGGCGGUAAAGGCGGCCCCUUACCAGCCGGCGGUAAAGGUGGGUCCUUACGAGCCGGCGGUAAAGGCGGCCCCUUACCAGCCGGCGGUAAAGGUGGCUCCUUACCAGCCGGCGGUAAAGGUGGCUCCUUACCAGCCGGCGGUAAGGGUGGCGCCUUACGAGCCGGCGGUAAAGGCGGCUCCUUACCAGCCGGCGGUAAAGGUGGGUCCUUACGAGCCGGCGGUAAAGGCGGCUCCUUACCAGCCGGCGGUAAAGGCGGCCCCUUACCAGCCGGCGGUAAAGGCGGCCCCUUACCAGCCGGCGGUAAAGGUGGGUCCUUACGAGCCGGCGGUAAAGGCGGCCCCUUACCAGCCGGCGGUAAAGGUGGGUCCUUACGAGCCGGCGGUAAAGGUGGCGCCUUACGAGCCGGCGGUAAAGGCGGCCCCUUACCAGCCGGCGGUAAAGGCGGCCCCUUACCAGCCGGCGGUAAAGGCGGCCCCUUACCAGCCGGCGGUAAAGGCGGCCCCUUACCAGCCGGCGGUAAAGGCGGCUCCUUACCAGCCGGCGGUAAAGGCGGCCCCUUACCAGCCGGCGGUAAAGGCGGCCCCUUACCAGCCGGCGGUAAAGGUGGCUCCUUACGAGCCGGCGGUAAAGGCGGCUCCUCCCGGCAAAACUCGUUAA